CUAUUGAUGCGGGGGCGGCGAGCUCACACCUGCCUGAACAGGUAUAUAAAGCAGCACCAUGUGCCAGAAACCACUGAGCGAGUUUACCACCAGCAGUGCCACAGCAGCCGCGGGAGUAGGACUUCUGUACCACAUCUAACCGGUCGCUCUCAUACACGCCCUCCACCAUGGGCGGCUUCUGGGCAAGGUUACUGAUUAUCUUCUGCUCUGCAUCUUUGUCGGCCGCCUCGGAGUUUGCAGGGGAGCAGCAGGUCGAUGAGGGGGAGACUCUACAGGGCUAUGAGGUGGAGUCUGAGAGCAGGAACCAGAACAAGCCUGCACCCUUCCACCGCUCCAACACAAAUGCUUGGAGGUUGCCUGGCCAAUACAUAGUGGUGCUAAAAGAAAAGACUCACAAAUCACAGACAGAACGCACCAUACACAGGCUCCGUGCCAAGGCAGCCAGGCAUGGCUAUAUGUCUGAACUUGUUCUGGUCUUCCAUGAGGUCUUCAAAGGCUUUGUCAUCAAAAUGAGCAGCGAUGUGCUAGACAUGGCUCUGAGGCUACCUCACAUUGAGUAUAUUGAAGAAGACUCAUCCUUGUUUGCUCAGACUGUCCCUUGGAAUCUAAAUCGAAUUGUUCCUUCAGGGAACACAGCAGAACAGUACACCCCACCAAAUAACGGUGAUCUGGCAGAAGUUUACUUACUUGAUACUAGUGUGCAGACCAACCAUCGAGAGAUUGAAGGGAAAAUUUUUGUAACAGAAUUUGAAAGUGUCCCAGAAGAAGAUGGCACUCGAUUCUACCGCCAGGCUAAUAAAUGCGAUAGCCAUGGAACACACACUGCGGGACUUGUGAGUGGGCGUGACUCCGGUGUUGCCAAAGGAGCAAAUGUCCGCACUGUGAGAAUUCUUAACUGCCAGGGCAGGGGUACUGUAAGUGGAGCACUGGCUGGUUUGGAGUUUAUCAGAAAAACUCUGAUGGUUCAGCCCUACCAACCUUUGAUUGUGCUGUUGCCCUUUGUUGGAGGAUUUAGUCAGACCCUGAACUCAGCCUGCAGACAAUUGGCAUGGACAGGCGUGGCAUUAAUUGCAGCUGCCGGGAAUUACAAGGAUGAUGCCUGCUUGUAUUCGCCUGCAUCAGAACCAGAGGUUAUCACUGUAGGAGCCACAAAUUAUGACAACCAGCCAACUACAACAGGAACCCUGGGAACUAACUUCGGUCGUUGCGUUGACCUUUUUGCUCCUGGUGAUGACAUUGUCAGCGCUUCCAGUGACUGCCUCACAUGCUUCACUUCGAAGAGUGGAACAUCACAGGCUGCAGCUCAUGUGGCAGGCAUUGCAGCGAUGAUAAUGAAUGCUGACCCUAACAUCACUGUAUCUGAACUACGCCAGAGACUAAUUCAUUAUUCCACAAAGAAAGCAAUCAACGACAUCUGGUUUCCAGAGGAACAACGCCUAGUCACACCCAACAGAAUUGCAAGAUUGGCUUCACCUGUGCUAGCAGAGAACCAGCUGUUGUGCCGGACAGUGUGGUCGAAGAGGUCGGGGCUCGCACACUCAGCCAAAGCUAUAGCAUACUGUAGCAAGAAUGAGGAAAUGUUCAGCUGUUCCAGUUUCUCGAAGAAUGGAAAGAGAAGAGGGGAACAUAUAGAGGAAGACCAAGGCAAGAAGAAGUGCAUAGCUCACAAUGCCUUUGGCAGUCAUGGAGUUUAUGCUAUUGCCAGAUGCUGCACUUGGCCAAGAGCUGAAUGUCUCAUCAAUGCAAGUUCAGUGGCUGAUGAUGGCACCACACAUAUGGCAGGCUGUCCACACAAGGAUUAUGUUCUCACUGGCUGCAGCUCACAUUCCUUUUCAACAUUCAGUGAUACAACAAUGCCUCAAGCAAACAAGAAGUGUCUUGGGCAAAAGGAGACAACCUCGCAUGCUUCCUGUUGCCAAGCUCCAAACCUCGAGUGCAAGGUGAAGGAACAACGUUCUACAGGCCAAAUGGAAAAGGUGUUGGUGUCAUGUGAUGAAGGCUGGACCCUGACUGGGUGCAGUGCAUAUUCCCAUGGGUCUCACACUCAUGGAGCAUACGCCGUGGACAACACUUGCAUGGUAAUUUACUCAGGAAAGGGGAAAGGUGCUGCAGCCAUUGGCAUUUGCUGCCGGAAGAGAAGAGGAGAACUGAAGUCUGAGUAAAAUAUGCCCAUUGGUUUGUUCCCUCAUCCCCUCACUAAUUUUAUAUACUUCCCUUCUUGCAGGCAGGCAAUCUGGCUGUGGCUUAGUCUAUAGGAAAGAACAGCUCUUUCACCCAGCUCAGAAAGCCAAGGUUGAUGUAAUCAGGGCAAGUACUAGUGAACUGCUUUCUCUGACAGCUGAGCUCAAUCCCAUCCUCCUUAAAUUUAGUAUAUAGUUUACAGCAAGUGGAAUAAACUGGCCAAAUUCCCCAACCCUUCUGUCUGAACAAAGCUCAGGUAAUGUCAAAUGACUACAGCUGAUUUGAUUUACUUUCUUUUUGGGAGGCUGCUUCUUUGUUUAAAGCUUUCUUAUUGAGGCACUGCCAACCUGUAAAUAGUUUUACAAGAGCAUGUCAACAUUAACAUAAUCAUUGAUAGCUGUUGAACACAACGAUUAGGUUUGUUCAUUCUUCAAAUAAAAACGCUCACACUUGCUAUCUGAUGACCACUGAAUGCAGCUGGGAUGAGAGAAAUUCACUGUAGUAUCCAGUCACUCCAGAGCAAACAUGUAAAGUUGGCACAUGUAGUAUUUUGAUAUACCAAAGCCUGUGGCCCUUCAUUUACCAUAUUCCCAAAAUCACAGCCAAGUUUAUUCAAAAUAAUUUGUUUGCAGCCAAAACAGCACAUAAUGUUGUACCAUCCUUGUUCCAACACAUAGGAUAACCCUUCAACUGGAUGAUUCAGGGAGAGUUAAGAUUAAGGAACUGUUUCUUCAGUACAUCAUGCUUGUUUGAAGAAUUAUGCCAUCGAAGUAAUAUGUUAAACAUUUUAUCUUAAAACAAUGGUAAAAUACUUGGUUUCAAUUAAAACUUAAUCAUAACUGCCACUUUCCUUGCAAUAGUGUUUGCAGUUUGAAUUAGUUAUUCAUUCUUAAUCUGGACACCAAGACAAGUAGCAUAAUAUGUUACACCAAACUAUCUGGCAUCCAAUACUCAGUGAAACCCAAAAAUAAAAGUGACACAGCCACAUAGUGAUAGAAACAUUUCUCAUCAUUUUGGCUGGAUGGAGAAAGGCACGAGAUUUCAACAAUAUCUCAUUUCUUCAUUGAAUGAUCAAUUAGUGUUCCCUGUCAGAAUAAAAAACUACAAAGAACCUGCAUUUAUACUCCAAGAAACAGUGAAAACUCCCAAUUUUAUUGCUCAUUUUGUACUUUUGAUAUUGUUUAUUAGACACCAAUCUUUAUACACUUCAAGGGUUUUCCUCCCGAGGAUCUCAUUUGCUUCCCAAAGAUAAACCAAUCCACUGCUCUGUGACAUGAUUCAGAAAGGUGAAUGUCUCUUAUCUGUUAUUUCUAUUCUUAGGCACCCAUUACCACAGAAUAGUCUCAAGCACUUCCAACAGCCUUUAAUACUCAGUCAUCUUGCAAGUGCUUGAGACUAGGGGAAAACAAUGCGAGGUACCAGUGUAACGUGUGUCCAAUCACACCCUUUAAAUGGAGAGAUUGUAAUUACAAUUCUGAACACGAGGCUGGUGUUUAUGGAAUCGGAUGGCCCCAGGUUUGGAUGGGCACACAAUUUUUCCCAAUUGCACUGAGCAAGACAUGAAAGAUUCCAAGUUUUUACUGGAAUUGAUUGAAUGCAGAGAUUUGAACUCAACCUGAUAGAUCACCUGAUAUCCUCUCUCCUAAAUUAUGCUGGGAAAAAAAAGCAACAUUAAGGAGGUACAAGGUUACUAGCACCUUAGUCUUAAUGAGUCCCUGAAGAGGGAGAGAACAGAUGAAAUAAAAAGCACCAAAGACAAAGUAAUAGUAAUUACAACUUCCUUUAUGAUCAAAGUUUGUAAUUAUGGCAUCUAAUUAAUCCAUUUUGCAUAUGUGAAGAAGCUUGCUUUCAUUGGAAUAGAAGCUCAUUCCUUAGCGGGGGAGAGCCACAUAAUACUUCUAAUUCACAUUUUAAUGGAUGAUGGAAAAUUAAAGGUGGUAGCUGAACUGAAUUUUAUCACUCUGCAAAGUGCUGAAUUUCUUACCUGCAUUAUAACCUUAUAGACAUUACUGUCCACUGUACACGAAUGAAAGGGAUACUACAUCCAUCCAAUAGUAAAACCAUUGUGUAUAGGCACAGAACAUUAGUGCCAAACUAUUUCAAAAUCCUACCAGAUUUUAUUGCUACUAACAUCUGUAAAUAUUUGAGAAUGUACAAUGAUUUUAUACUUUUUUGUACUGUUUUGUAUACGUAACACAUUUUAUUAAUAAAGCUACAUCUCCUUUAUGUAAAGGAAA